AUGAACCGCGUAUCCCCAUCGCGAUGCCUCACCCGCGUUCCAAAACCCUCGAUUCGGCCUGAACCAUCAAGAUGCCGCCACCUCCCAACCUACUAUAGCACACCCCAACCGCAACAAUCCAGGCUCAAUUAUAGACCUACCUCAUUCCAGCACCUCCAAAGACGAACAUUUCUCUCCUCGUUCAUCCCAUCUCCACCACAAGCAAAGAAUGGCAACGGCAAUGGCGGCAACAACAACAACGGCCGCGUCCUAACAGCCGUCCGCACGCUCCCCUAUGCACCCCCACCUCUCUUCCAAGUCGUCUCCUCCGUUGAAUCCUACGCGGACUUCCUCCCCUUUCUCAAUUCGUCAACCGUUACAGCGCGCGAUAAAGAAACGGGGUAUCCGACACAGGCCUAUCUAACCGUCGGAUACGGACCGCUGAGCGAGACGUUCACAUCGAAAGUUGACUGCGAUUCGGAGAAGUGGAUCGUGGAGGCGCGUUCUGGCGAGAAAUUCGUUGAGAAAUCUAGCUCAGGGCCAGGAUCAGGGUCCGGGCUUGGAGCUUUAGCUGGAUUCGCGGGAUUCCCUGGGGCCGACGAGGGGAUCUUCGAGUACCUGAGUACGAAAUGGGAAUUGGUUCCUGCGUCUGGGGCUGCUGCUGGCACCGGUGGCGACCCGAGGACGACGGUGAAGUUGGAGAUCCGGUUUGAGUUUAAGAACCAGUGGUAUGCGACUAUGAUGAGUGCGGUUGAGGGGCAGAUGGCUGGGGUGAUGAUUGAGGCUUUCGAGAAGAGGAUAAGGGAGGUGAAUGGAGGUUGA